UGUUUUUUAAGGAUGUGACAUAUAGCUCAACUCUGUUCCAUGUUUACAGCUCAGUACCGUUUCUUUGUCUCUGCCAUCAUAGCAAGUCACAAUGUCUGGUGCAUGAUUUAUAUAAGUUAGUUCUCUUCUUUAAGAAGUUUUACUUGUAGACUACAGUAUAGUCGUUAUUUUCAGGAAUCACUUUACUUUUAUUUUUUGUGUGUGCUUUUCUCCAAUACAAACUAGCCUACUUGGAUUGUUUUGUUCGGGAACUUCUGGAUAAGGACUAGAGCAGAUCUCUACGGUGAGCCAGCAGCCAUGGUGUUGAUCUUGGGCAGAAGGCUAAACAGGGAGGACUCGGGGACCCGGGACUCCCCUGCCGUCAAACGCAAGGUGUUCGAGGUGGACUCCAAGAAUCUAACGAGUCAGGACAUCUUGGACUUUUCUUCCGGCUCGUCCCACUCCGAGGCCAUCCUCCAGGUGUUCAACGAGUUCCGCGACAGCCGCCUGUUCACCGACGUGGUCAUCAGCGUGCAGGGCCGCGAGUUCCCCUGCCACAGAGCCGUGCUCUCCGCCUGCUCCUCCUACUUCCGGGCCAUGUUCUGCAACGACCACCGCGAGAGCCGCGAAAUGCUGGUGGAGAUCAACGGCAUCCUGGCCGAGGCCAUGGACUCCUUCCUCAGCUACGUGUACACGGGCCGGGCCAAGAUCACCACCGACAACGUCCAGUUCCUGUUCGAGACCUCCAGCCUCUUCCAGAUCUCCACUCUGCGCGACGUCUGCGCCAAGUUCCUGGAGGACCAGCUGGACCCCUGCAACUGCCUGGGCAUCCAGCGCUUCGCGGACGCCCACGCCCUCAAGCAGCUGGCCAGCCGCUGCCGCAGCUACGCCCUGGCCAACUUCCCUGACGUGGCCCAGCACGAGGAGUUCCUGGACCUGAGGAUGGACGAGCUGGAGGAGUACAUCGGCAGCGACGAGCUGGCCAUCGGGAAGGAGGAGAUGGUGUUUGAGGCGGUGAUGCGCUGGGUGUACCACACGGUGGAGAACAGGAGACCCCUGCUCAAGGAGCUACUCCACCACGUGCGCCUGCCACUGCUGCACCCAAACUACUUUGUCCAGACGGUGGAGGGAGACCAGCUGAUCCAGAACGCUCCGGAGUGCUACCAGCUGCUGCACGAGGCCCGGCGCUACCACGUGCUGGGGAACGAGAUGAUGUCACCCAGGACACGGCCACGCAGGUCGACAGGCUUCUCUGAGGUGAUCGUGGUGGUGGGAGGUUGUGAGAGGGUGGGGGGCUUCAACCUGCCCUACACCGAGUGUUACGACCCGGUGACGGGCGAAUGGAAGUCCCUGGCCAAGCUUCCUGAGUUCACAAAGUCAGAGUAUGCCGUCUGUGCCCUGCGCAACGACAUCCUGGUGUCAGGGGGUCGCAUCAACAGCCGUGACGUGUGGAUGUACAACUCUCAGCUCAACCUGUGGAUCAGAGUGGCCUCCCUCAACAAGGGCCGCUGGAGGCACAAGAUGACCGUCCUCCUGGGCAAGGUCUAUGCCGUGGGCGGUUACGACGGCCAGAGUCGCCUGAGCAGUGUGGAGUGUUACGACUCCUUCUCCAACCGCUGGACUGAGGUGGCCCCCAUGAAGGAGGCCGUGAGCUCCCCCGCCGUGGCCAGCUGUGCCAGCAAGCUCUUCGUCAUCGGAGGAGGGCCCGAUGACAACACCUGCUCAGACAAGGUCCAGUGCUAUGACCCAGAGACCGAUUCCUGGUUGCUAAGGGCCAACAUUCCCAUUGCUAAGCGCUGUAUCACCGCGGUGUCCCUCAACAACCUGAUCUACGUGUCUGGAGGUCUCACCAAGUCCAUCUUCUGCUAUGACCCAAUAGAGGACUAUUGGAUGCAUGUGGUCAGCACCUUUAGCAAGCAGGAGAGCUGUGGUAUGUCGGUGUGUAACGGGAAGAUCUUCAUCCUGGGAGGGAGGGGGGAGACAGGCGAGGCGUCAGAUAACAUCCUGUGUUAUGACCCAGCCACGGGAAUCAUCACGGGGGUGGCCGCGAUGCCAAGGCCCAUCUCCUACCAUGGUUGUGUCACCAUCCACCGAUACAACGAAAAGUUCCACAAGCCAUGACAGCAGACACACAAAGACACUCUCAUACACGCACACAAACACUCACACACGUAAACACAUUACACACUAACUAACACAAACUGUCCGUGGAAUUAUUUUCAGUGACACAAACACGCA